AUGCGGCGCACCUUGACAGUAGGAAAUGGUUGGGGAGGGGCCUCGAUCUGCGAUAUAGCUUUCAAGCAAGUCUCGAAACCCAUUCCAGCUCCCGCAGCUUCAAGAUGGACUCCCUCCGGACCUUCUCUGGUCGCAAAACGAUUUUCAUCCGGCUUCAAAAAUUCGCCAUCGCCAUUGAGCCCCGCGUCUAAGCCAACCCCACAACUAUCUACAAGUCGUCUUCUCCAACAAACAAGAAUUGGGUUAUCAUCUCCAUGGCGGUCGGCAGUAUCUCAAUUACGACCUUUCAACAGUGCAUCGCCUUUGCAAGAUUCCCCAAAGGCCUCAGAUAGACAAGAUCAUAUUACACGAGAACGACAAAGGCGCGAGGAAGAGGAGGAAGACAAUAUUGAUGAACAAGGAGAUUUCGCACGAAGUGAGAAAGCCUCUAAAGCGACACAAGUCAAUUUGAGCGCAAGGUUACAAAGUAGUGGGAAGAAACAAGGAAACACAGCCGCUUUUGGUGAAAUAUGGAGGUUACUCAAAAUUGCUCGACCGGAGGCGAAAUGGCUCGGUCUGGCUUUUGUAUUCCUGCUUAUAUCCUCAUCAAUCACCAUGUCAAUACCGUUUUCCAUUGGAAAAAUUCUCGACUUGGCUACUAAAGAUCCUUCGGAAGGCGAAAAACUUUUUGGACUAGAUAUUUCUCAAUUCUUCAUUGCUCUCGCAUGCGUUCUGACCAUGGGCGCUGCCGCUAACUAUGGACGUAUCAUUAUAUUGAGAAUAGUUGGAGAGCGAAUUGUAGCCAGACUUCGAUCACAAUUAUACAGGAGAACUUAUGUACAAAACGCGGAAUUCUUCGAUGCCAAUCGAGUUGGAGAUCUCAUUUCUCGAUUGAGCUCAGAUACGGUUAUUGUUGGAAAGAGUAUUACUCAGAAUCUCUCAGACGGUUUACGAGCCAUUGUCAGCGGAGGUGCCGGGUUCACAGCUAUGGCAUGGGUGAGCUUAAAACUUACAAGCAUCCUGUGUCUCAUGUUCCCACCUGUUGCAAUCGGUGCAUUCUUUUAUGGUCGAGCGAUCAGAAAUCUUAGUCGAAAAAUUCAAAGGAAUCUGGGAACUCUCACCAAAAUCGCUGAAGAGAGACUCGGAAAUGUUCGCACGAGUCAAGCUUUCGCUGGUGAGACACAAGAGGUUGGCAGAUAUAAUCAACAAAUCAAGAAGAUAUUCUCAUUAGGAAAGCGAGAAGCGUUGAUCAGUGCAACAUUCUUCAGUUCAAGCGGAUUCUUCGGUAACAUGACUAUCUUGGCAUUACUAUACACUGGUGGUUCUAUGGUUAAGAACGGUAUGAUAAGUAUCGGUGAAUUAACAUCAUUUUUAAUGUAUACAGCUUAUGCUGGGUCAAGUCUGUUUGGUGUCUCCAGCUUCUAUUCGGAACUCAUGAAGGGAGUUGGUGCUGCCAGUCGUCUUUUCGAGCUUCAAGAUCGAAAGCCUACAAUUCCUGCAACUGUUGGUACCAAGGUUAAGUCUGCUCAAGGCGUCAUCAAAUUCAACAACGUCUCUUUCGCCUACCCAACUCGACCAGCAGUCACUAUUUUCGACGGUCUCGACUUUGAGAUCCCUUCAGGUACUAAUGUGGCAAUUGUCGGACCUAGUGGCGGAGGAAAAUCUACUAUCGGUUCACUUUUGUUGCGAUUUUAUAACCCUACAGAGGGAACUAUUACAAUUAAUGGCCAAGACAUAACCAAAAUGAAUGGAAAGUCUCUUCGCCGUCGUAUUGGAAUGGUUGGCCAAGAGCCUGUUCUUAUGUCUGGCUCAGUUGCCGAAAACAUUGCCUAUGGAAAACCCCAUGCCUCAAGAUCUGAGAUUAUCGCAGCUGCACGAAAAGCAAAUUGUCAAUUCAUUGGCGACUUCCCUGAAGGUCUGGAUACACAGGUUGGAGCACGUGGUGCCCAAUUAUCCGGAGGACAAAAACAGCGAAUUGCAAUUGCUAGAGCUUUGCUCAAGAAUCCUGAUAUCCUUAUACUAGACGAAGCAACAUCGGCUUUAGAUGCCGAAUCCGAAACUCUGGUUAACUCUGCUCUUGCGGCGUUACUCAGAGGACAUAAUACAACAAUUUCAAUUGCUCAUCGUCUUUCAACUAUCAAGCGUUCCGAUCACAUUAUUGUUUUGGGCAACGAUGGAAAGGUUGCUGAAACUGGAACCUACAAUACUUUAUCUAACAACCCCAACUCGGCCUUUUCGAAAUUGAUGGAAUGGCAAAUGAGUGGAGGUGAUGCAGCUGAUCACAGACCCGUUGAAUUAGAAGGUCACUUCACAGAGUCCGAGGAGAUCUCGGACGACUUAUCGCGUUUGAGUGAGUCCGAUGCUAUCGAGGGGGAAGCUAUCGAGGAAGGAACAAAGGAGCGAAAGGGAAACAAAACUAAGACAGAAGCUGUUUUGGAAAAGACAAAUAACAGAGCGAAGUAG